UAAAUGACAUGGGGGGAAAGUGAAAAAUCAGGUUUUGACAAGGGCGUUUUCUGUAAUUUAGCCUAUUUUAAAUUAUGUGUAGAUGACUUUCCUUUCUUCCUUGUGAAGAGAGAAAUUUGCAAGGAUUUGUCAUAUUUUGGCUUUUCUCAUGAGUUUCUAGUUGCGUAACUAUCCUACCAAAAGUUAUGUGGCAUAUACAGGUCACAAUCCAAUUUUUAAUGCAAUAUCUUAUUGGCCUUUGAUAUGUAUUAAAAGCUACUUAUGGGAGGGACUUUCUCGGACAAAUCCCUUUGUACAUUCAUUUUGAUGCAUCCAUUUCAUCAGCGCCAACGCACAAACUACCUGUCUUUCCAUCACCACUUAUCCUUGGUACUGCUGAGGUUGCAUGAGAAUAACUGCGAUUGAUAAGAUUUAUGAUUCUACUCUCCCCUUUAGAAACUCGACAAUUGUCAAUCUUCAAGCAUGUUGUGCCAAUGUUGACAGCCCUGUAUGUUAACAGCCUGUUGUGAAAUUUUGGUUUAUUAUUCAGCUGUAAAUGGGUCCAGAUGCAUUUUGGGUUUAUCCUUCUGGAAGUAAAUAUUUCUUUAAUCAUCAGAGUAACAAUUUUUGGUGCGCUAAUUCCAUUAAAUGACAGAAUUUUUCAGUGGUCUUUAAAUGAUAGUAGGUAAGUUGGACAUUAACCUUUUCCUGCAAGAUAUUCCGAGGGAAAAGUGUUGCUGAAUUUAUCCCAUCGAAUAUUUCAUUUGUGAUUACAGAUUGAACCGAAACAAAAAUACUUUACUUUUUCUUGGUAGGUGUGAUCCGUUGAACAUAAAUCCAAUUUUUCAAUUUUGUUGAUUCUUUAAAAUUUGUUUUCCCGUUUCUGGUGGAAGGGUAUCCAUUAUAGAUACUAAUCAAUUUUGCGUGUGUGUGUGUGUAUAAAUAAUUAUAUAUGCCUUUUGGUUUUUGAUAUUUUGUUUUGACUAGAAAAUAAGAGAAAUUCGGGUAUGGGCCUACUAUCUUAGUAGUUUCUUGAUGUAUGUUAAUGAGCUUACUUUUCAGCACACUUAUCAUGGGAAAUAAGCAGAAUGAUGUCCAUUAUUGCAUCUAUUCUACACAAUAAACAAGAAAUAAGCAACCUGCAGAGUACCCUAAGCAGAUAAAUCCAAGGGCAGAUGGAGUGCCCUAAGCAGAUGGAGAUUCAGUACAAACACUAGUCUUUUGCUGCCUUUUUGUCAGUGGCAUAAUGCCCUCACUUUCACACUCGGGAUUUCUUUUUUGCCUCUUUUUGCAUCAACUCUGGUUGGAUUAAAUUCUUCUAGUUAUUUGUAGGGCUAUGAAGCUCUUUGCAAUUGGGAAUGCUUUGGGUCCUUCAGAAUAUUGCCCUUAAAAGUUGUUGAUGUAUUGGCAAAUACAUUUUGGCACUUUGAGAUUGCAUAUAAUAAACAAUCAAAGGCCUCUUCAUCACAUGCGCCAACAUAUCAAUAACUUAUAAAGGCAACAUUCUUGAGUACCUAUAGUAGUACUCUUGCAGAUGGGAUUGGAGAAAGUCCUUUUUUUGCCACAAUAGGAUAUGUAUCAAAUCAUUUUAUGGAGCCAUAUGAAAUGGUAAAGACCUAAUCAAGGACAAUAAGUUAAAGAAAGAGUGAAAGAGAGUUGCAAUGGAGAAAGCGGUAAGGAAUCUAUGGGUGGAGGCAAGAGAGCUGAUGAGACAGGGCGAUUUGGGUGGGGUGGAGCGGCUUGAUUCACCCCCAUCCCCUCUUCGGUUCUUGAGGGAGUAUGUGUCUGCGAACAGGCCAUUCAUUGUGUCCGGCGCUGCCACCCGCCAUUGGCCAGCUAUUUCUCACUCCCUCUGGUCCAAUGAUGACUACCUCUGCAAUGCCCUCCGCAACUGCACCGUUUCUGUCCACCUCACCCCCAACGGCCGAGCCGAUGCCCUCGCACCCUUGCCCCUUCCUUCCGGUGGUGAAGGAGAGAGCAUCACUAAAGAUGGCACUCAGAAAAGAGGCGGCCUCUGCUUUGCAUCAGCUUGUGUCCGGUCGAUGGAGUUCCCAGAGGCCCUGCAGCUCAUCAAGGCCACCGGGAGAGCAUUGGGCCCUUCCACUGCAAGUGUGGUGGCGUACGCACAGCAGCAAGACAAUUGCUUGCCCGGGGAGUAUGCAGCAGUGGCGGGGGAUGUGGAAGCCCAUAUCCCUUGGGCCAGUGAGGCGCUGGGUUGCCUCCCGGAGGCCGUUAACCUGUGGAUAGGCAACGACCGCUCCCAAACCUCCUUCCACAAAGACCACUACGAGAACCUCUAUGUCGUCAUCACGGGCGAGAAGCACUUCCUCCUCUUACCCCCUACUGAAGUCCACCGACUGUACAUAUGUCCCUACCUAGCAGCUCGCUAUACCCUUUCCUCUGCCUUGCUGGACACUGGAACCGGUGGUUUGAGGUUUGAUUUGGAAGUGGAAGAGCCUGAGAGACAGGUGCCCUGGUGUAGUGUGGACCCAUACCCUCCAUCACCUGAGGACUUGGCUGUGCAAAUGUCUUCCUUCCCUCUCUACUUCGACGGUCCGAGGCCAUUUGAAUGCACCGUCAAGGCUGGCGAGAUCCUUUACCUGCCAAGUAUGUGGUUUCAUCACGUGCGGCAAACACCUGACAGCAAUGGACAGACCAUCGCUGUAAACUACUGGUAUGAUAUGCAGUUUGAUAUCAAAUAUGCAUAUCUCAACUUUCUGCAAUCCAUCGAACACCCUCUUUCUGCUGGUGAUUCUUCCAGAAAGAAAGCUGAACAGGACAUCAAAUCGAAUUAUGAUGAAUUCUAUAAUUCGGUUGAUGUUUGAAAUUUCCCGAGGAUUAAUAGAUUCCUUUCUGGGACUAGCUGCUAACUACUCUGGGGCAUUAACAUCUAAGAUACCACAAAGAGUAAACAGCGAUAGAAGGCAGAAGAGUAGUUCAGACAAUAAUUACUCAAAAACGGAGUUUUGCUGAAUGCUUGAGAAAUACAACCGCUCCUGUCAUCUUGCUAGCCGGUAGAUACCACUCACCAAAUUACGAUUGACUCUAUCAUGUGAUUUAGUCCUGGGAUGCUGAUUUACUUCUGUUUCUAAUUGAAGCACCUUCUUUCAGCUCGUGUAACAUAAACGUUGUUGAUAGGUUUCUCAACUGUCUUAUGCUUUUUGAUGGCUAUUCUGAUAUUUAUAGUUUGAAUAUUCACCAGCAGUUGUGUUUGAAGCUAGGAAAUUACUCGACUGUAAGUUCAUUUCUUUAUAUUUUGGCCUUUCUGCUGAAUCGACCUGGCAUA